AUGAAUACAAAACGCGUCCCAAUGGACGUAGACGAAGAAAUUAAAUCGGAGUCUUGCAGAAUUUGCUUAACUCCAAACAAUAAAAUGAUUAAUAUAUUCGCUAGAACGCUGUUAACAAAAAUUGAAUACUGUACCGGUAUUAAGAUCUGCCAAAAUUUUUUGGAAAGCAACAUAAAAACUGAGCAGACCCAUGACACUAGCAAAAUUGUUGACAAGGAAAGUGAUGAGGACUUUUUCAACGACGGUUGGCUCAAACGGGACCAGUCUAAUAACAAUUUUAACGGAGAGUGUUUCAAAAAAGAUCAUUCCAAUGACAAGUUUAACGAAAGUAGUGACAAAGGAGAUCAUUCCAGUGAUAAUUUUGACGAAGAAUAUUUAGAUGAAGAUUAUUUAAAAGAGAACUUAAUUGGAGACCAAAUUAACGAUGCUGACAAUGUAAUAAAUGAUGGUAGUGAUCAGAACAAUGGUAUAACAAUUGUCAAAGAGGAGAUCAAAUGUGAGUAUGAAGAAAGCACGGAGGAUGUACCAAAGGAAAUAUUACAAAGUUUGGAAGGGAAGAGUAGUAUUGAUAGACCGAGAAGGACACCUAAACCUAGCUACUACACCGUGUCGAACCUGCGCGACCACGUGCGCAUCGUGCACGAGCGCGUGCUGCGCUACGCGUGCCACAUCUGCGGCAAGAUGUUCUACGACCGGACGCACCUCCGCCGGCACGUCGACUCGCACAGCGACAUCAAACGCUACUACACCGUGUCGAACCUGCGCGACCACGUGCGCAUCGUGCACGAGCGCGUGCUGCGCCACGCGUGCCACAUCUGCGGCAAGAUGUUCUACGACCGGACGCACCUCCGCCGGCACGUCGACUCGCACAGCGACAUCAAACGCUUCGAAUGCGAAGUCUGUCACAGUGCGUUCACGCGUCGCUGCCACUGGAAGAAGCACCUUCUGAAGCAGCACAGCAUCGCUAUACCUGCGCAGCGGCCCGGCCGUGUUCGCGUCGGAGCUACCGGCGACUCGCUCGCGCCUGAUGCGGCCGACGCGGCGCGGCACUUGCGCAGCAAUUAUGUUUAGCUAAUGAUAUUAAAAAAUAGAAAUCAUUUAUGUAACUGUACUUAAUUAAAGAUU